AACAAACUUCGCAAAGUGAAAAUUUUCUGUAGUUGCGUUGGUUGGAAAUCGGUAGAGUUGCGUAAAUUUAUAUAAAAAAUGCAGUAUUUAUUAAAAAUUAAUUAAUAAAACUACUUAAAAAUGGGGACCCAAAAGCCGGGCGAGUGGGCAAAUGCACUUUUGGCACGUUUUGAAGAUCAGCUGCCAAACAAAAUAGGUUCCUAUGGCACUCAAGCGCGUAUAAGCCAGGAUCAGUUAGGAGCAUGCCUAAUACAAAUAUCCCGCUACCGUUUCUCAUUGGUUAUAUCUGGUUUAACAAAAAUGCUGCAGCGUGUUAAUGAAGCGGCACUACAAACCAGACAUGAACCUGAACGGUACUAUUUCGAUUCUCUAGUUAUAAUACUAACUACCUUGGAACGCUGUCUCGCGAAUCAAACUAAAGAUACAGCACGCUUCGAGGAGGCAAUGAAUGUAAAAUUGCUGCUACGUGAGAUCACACAAUUUGUUGAUGUGCAAAAUGACAACAAUUCCAAUGCUUGUCAACUUAAAGCUCUGGCUUCAAAAGUGUUAUUUGCACUUUCGCAAAAUCACUUUUCAGCAGUAUUUAAUCGGAUAUCAGCGCGCAUUCAAGAGUUAACAGCAUGCUCAGAAGAAAGCCCUGAUUAUAGUGACAUUGAACUCAUACAGCAUAUAGACAUGGAUAUGAGCAAGUUAACGAAACUUUUACAAGAAACAAUAACGAAAUUCCGUUCCAAGCGUGCACCACCUUUGAUUUUGUUGCAUUCUAUAGAAAAAGCUAUUUGGAAUUGGAUUGAGUAUCAUCCUCAGGAGUUUCAAGAUUUACAGCGUGGUGUAAAUCGGGAUAUAUCUACUUGCUGGGAGCCGCUGUUAGACUUUGUGGAAUUUUAUAAACUAGAAAAUAAAAAAAGCAAAACUACUGUUUGGCCUCUGCAAAUGCUUUUACUCAUACUUAAUCCACCUUGUUUGGAAGCAACUGUGAAUGAGCUACAACAAUCGGAAAAAGAAAAAGAGAAGGAAAAGGAUAAAGAAAAAGAAAAAGUACAAUCAAAAGUACAAUCUACCUCACGUGAUAAAGAUUUUUCAGCUAAACAAUUCAUCGAAAGCGUUAAACGCGGCCUUGGUCCACAUUCACCAUCGAAACAAGUUACUGAAUCGUCAGCUAUUGCCUGUGUAAAACUGUGCAAAGCUGCAACCUACAUCAAUAAUAAUGAUUCAAAUAAUGUCGUAUUUAAAUUAGUACAAUAUGUAAUUAACGAUCUUAAAGCUUUACUAUUCAAUCCAGUAAAACCUUUUUCACGAGGACAGGGCUAUAAUUUUGCAGAUAUAGAAUUGAUGAUUGAUUGUUGGGUGUCAUCUUUUCGUCUUAGUCCACACAAUAUUGAAGUGCUCAAGGUUUGCCUAAACCUAUCUUCUCCACAAGCUUAUCAUUUUGUUAUAGUCUGCUCACUUUUGCGCUUAGCCCACAUUUAUGUAGAUUUUCGCUUGCAGCACAAAAAUCCAUUUCGCAUUGUAAACCAGCCACGUCUACCUUGGUGGCCACAAACAGAUGUGGUACACUAUCGUUCAGCUGAAUUACGUGGACUCUUCACCGAUACCUUAAAUAAAGCUACACAAGGUUAUAUAGCACACACACCACUACGCAUGAUAACUUCCCUUACCUUGAAGUCAAAAGAUACGCAAAAAGGUUUGUCACGUGCAGAGGAAGGACCUGCACAUAAAAUGCUUUUACUUAUGCUAGUACGCCUUAUACAUGCAGAUCCGACACUACUACUUAAUACCCAGGGUAAAGUAGCACAUGAAGUACAAAGUUCAACACUGGAAUUGAUAAAUGGUCUUGUAAGUCUUGUGCAUCAACCGACUAUGCCAGAUGUAGCCCAAGAAGCUAUGGAGGCAUUGCUUGCUUUGCAUUCACCAGAAAAAAUUGAAGUUUGGAAUCCUGAAGCACCCAUCAACACAUUUUGGGAUGUCAGUUCACAAGUUUUAUAUUCUAUAUCCCAAAAAUUAAUACAACAUCACAUUGCCAAUUAUACUGAUGUUUUAAAAUGGUUACGUGAGAUACUUAUCUGUCGUAAUACUUUCCUACAACGCCAUAAAGAUUAUGCACAUGUUGGCAGUCAAAUAGCUAUAUGCAAACAGGCCCACAUUAAAAUGGAAGUGGUAUUCUUUAUGUAUCUUUGGUCAGUGGAUCUGGACGCUGUAUUAACUUCUUUAUCAUGUAUUGGUUUGCUAUGCGAAGAAGCAGAAAUUUGUUGUGGACCAGAUGAUGUGAAUGUUAAUUUAAUAAUGCCAAAUAUUCAUAUUUAUCAAGAAUUGACUCAGUUAUCGUCAUAUACUCGCAUUUGUUUUUAUGAAAAUAAUCAAGGAAAUAUGUUAAAUCGAUUAGCUUUGCAAAAGCGUAUAAUGACUGUUUUACGUAAAAUUGAACAUUGUGUACAUGGUGUGCAGCCAGCUUGGGAGGAAACUUUUAGAAAUUGGGAGUUAAUUAGUAAAGUAUUGCAAACAUAUCCAAAGUACAAAACAGAAGAUGCACAAGCAGAGCUUUUUCAUCGUGGCGUCGGUAAACGACGUGCCAGUCAUCAAAGCUCUGAGCAUGAUUUAGAAGAGCAAAUAAAUGAAUGGGCUAAUAUGACUUGGUUUUUGCUAGCUCUUGGCGGAGUUUGUUUACAUAAAUGCUCCACUGGCAGACAAACACUACAAUCUCAAAAUAACACUUCUUUGGGUUCUUUAGGACUAAAUUCUUUAUAUUCAGUUUCUAGCUCAAGCUCUGGACGAGGCUCUUUGCAGCCAAGCACAAUGUCCUUAACUACUAUGUCACAAGCACCACAACAGGACGUACAAUAUUGCUCUGUAACACAAUUCAUUGGACAACUUUUACGUUUGCUGGUUUGUAGUAAUGAAAAAAUUGGUUUAAAUAUACAGAAAAAUGUGAAGGAACUACUUGGUGAAGAAAUGUCCUCACAACUCUAUCCUAUACUUUUUGAUCAAAUACGUGCCAUAGUAGAGAAAUUUUUUGAUCAACAAGGUCAAGUUAAUGUAACUGAAAUCAAUACGCAAUUCAUCGAACAUACUAUUUACAUAAUGAAAUCAAUUUUGGAUCCAAAACCCAAUAAAGACCAUAACAACGAACAACCAUCUUCAUAUUCUGAGCACUUAGGUGUUACAAGUAUUGAAGGCAUGAUGUUAGGCAUAGUCCGUUACGUGCGUCAUUUGGACAUGACAGUAUAUGCGAUACGUAUUAAAACAAAACUCUGUCAACUAGUGGAAGUAAUGAUGAAUCGACGUGAUGAUCUUGCUUUUCGGCAAGAAAUGAAAUUUCGUAAUAAGUUAGUCGAAUAUUUAACUGAUUGGGUUAUGGGCACAUCACAUCAAAUAGCACCACCAAGUUCAGCAGAUGCUAAUCUAAUAACAAAUACAUCAAACAUAUUUCGCGAUUUGGAUCAAGCUUGCAUGGAAGCUGUUGCUGCUCUCCUACGUGGCUUACCACUACAACCAGAAGAGUCAGAUCGUGGUGAUUUGAUGGAUGCUAAGAGUGCAUUGUUUCUUAAAUACUUUACGCUUUUCAUGAAUUUACUGAACGAUUGCAUCGACAGUUCUGAAGCGGAAAAAGAGCUUAAUAAUCCACCUCUAUUACCACCACGUCCACGUAUGGCUGCUGGCAAAUUAACUGCUUUACGUUACGCAACCAUACAGGCUAUGUCAAAUUUGCUUGGUGCAAAUAUAGACUCUGGUUUAAUGCAUUCUAUUGAUUUGGGUUAUAAUCCCGAUCUGCAAACAAGAGCAGCUUUUAUGGAAGUGCUUACUCAAAUUCUACAACAAGGCACUGAAUUUAAUACACUUGCCGAAACAGUGUUAGCUGAUCGUUUUGAACAGCUUGUGCAGUUGCUUACAAUGAUAAGCGACAAGGGCGAAAUACCCAUUGCUAUGGCAUUAGCAAAUGUAGUAAGUACUUCACAUAUGGACGAAUUAGCACGUGUUUUGGUCACAGUGUUCGAUGCAAAACAUAUGCUAUCACCAUUAUUAUGGAAUAUGUUUUAUCGUGAAGUUGAGCUAUCAGAUUGUAUGCAAACGCUGUUCCGUGGGAAUUCUUUAGGAAGUAAAAUCAUGGCGUAUUGUUUUAAAAUUUAUGGCGCCAGCUAUUUACAAAGCUUAUUGGAACCACUUAUUAAUCCACUGUUGGAUAAACCUAAUCAAAGUUUUGAAGUAGAUCCAGCGAGAUUGGAACCAAAUGAAGAUCUGGAAGAGAACCGCAAAAAUUUAAUUGCUUUAACAGAAGAAGUCUUUCUAACUAUUGUUAAUUCUCUUCUAAGAUUUCCACCACAACUACGUUCUAUGUGCCAUUGUUUAUAUCAAGUAUUAAGCAAGCGUUUUCCCAGUAUAUUACAAAAUAAUGUUGGUGCUAUUGGCACCGUCAUAUUUUUACGUUUCAUAAAUCCUGCCAUAGUUUCUCCACAGGAACAAGGUAUAGUCAACAAGCAAGUCCCAAGUUCUGUUAAACGUGGUCUUAUGCUCAUGUCGAAAAUAUUACAAAAUAUAGCUAAUCAUGUUGUAUUCUCAAAGGAACAGCAUAUGCUUUGCUUUAACGACUUUGUGCAAUUACAGUUUGAAGCAGGACGUUUAUUUUUUAUAUCUAUUGCGUGUGACUGUGAAACUGUGGACCAAAACAUUUCACAUAGCACACAUGGUUUUAUUUCAGAUGCUAACGUACUAGCAGUACACCGUUUGUUAUAUUCACAUCAGGAAAAGAUUGGUGAUUAUUUGUCGAGUAGUCGUGAUCACAAAGCUGUAGGUAGAAGACCUUUCGAUAAAAUGGCUACACUAUUAGCAUACUUGGGACCUCCAGAACAUAAGCCAGUAGACUCACACAUAAUGUUCUCAUCUUAUGCUCGUUGGAGCUCUAUCGAUAUGUCGUCUACAAAUUUUGAGGAAAUUAUGGUUAAACAUCAGAUGCAUGAAAAAGAAGAAUUUAAAACUUUGAAAACAAUGAAUAUUUUUUACCAAGCUGGAACAAGUAAACUAGGAUAUCCAGUAUUUUAUUAUAUUGCCAGACGCUAUAAAAUUGGUGAAACAAAUGGCGAUUUACUGAUCUAUCAUGUCAUACUUACGUUAAAACCAUUCUGCCAUUCUCCAUAUGAAGUAGUCAUAGACUUUACGCAUACUUGUUCGGAUAAUCGUUUUCGUACUGAAUUCCUACAGAAGUGGUUUUAUGUAAUGCCAGCCGUCACCUAUGAAAAUGUACAUGCAGUUUAUAUUUAUAAUUGCAACUCAUGGGUGAGAGAAUACACAAAAUUUCACGAUAGAAUCUUAGCACCGUUAAAGGGUAAUCGAAAUUUAAUAUUCCUUGAAUCACCAAACAAAUUGACUGAAUAUAUUGAAGCUGAACACCAAAAACUACCAGGUGCUACGCUUUCUUUGGAUGAAGAUCUCAAAGUGUUUAAUAAUGCACUAAAACUAAGUCACAAAGACACAAAAGUUUCUAUUAAAGUUGGUCCCACCGCAUUACAAAUUACUUCUGCUGAGAAAACAAAAGUGCUGGCACAUUCUGUACUGUUGAAUGAUGUUUAUUAUGCGUCGGAAAUCGAAGAAGUUUGCCUUGUAGAUGAUAACCAGUUUACGCUCUCAAUAGCAAAUGAGAGUGGGCAACUCAGUUUUAUACACAAUGAUUGCGAUAACAUUGUACAAGCUAUAAUACAUAUCCGCAAUCGAUGGGAAUUAAGUCAGCCCGAUUCUGUUAUAGUACAUCAAAAAAUACGACCUAAGGAUGUGCCUGGUACGCUAUUAAAUAUGGCUUUAUUAAACUUAGGUUCAUCAGAUCCAAACUUGAGAACUGCUGCUUACAAUUUGCUUUGUGCGCUGACAGCAACAUUUGAUUUGAAAAUUGAAGGACAGCUCUUAGAAACGCAAGGACUUUGCAUACCUUCAAAUAAUACCAUAUUCAUAAAAUCUGUAAGCGAAAAGUUGGCUACAAAUGAGCCACAUUUGACACUGGAAUUUUUAGAAGAAUCGAUACAAGGUUUUCAACGUAGCACAAUUGAAUUGAAACAUUUGUGCUUGGAGUACAUGACACCUUGGCUAAAGAAUUUAGUUAAAUUUUGUAAAUCAAAUGAUGAAGCCAAAAAGAUUAAAGUCUCACAGAUUUUAGAUAAAUUGAUUUGCCUCACUAUUGAACAAAAAGAAAUGUACCCAUCGGUUCAAGCUAAAAUUUGGGGUUCAAUAGGACAAAUACCGGAAUUAAUUGAUAUGGUGUUAGAUAAUUUCCUACACAAAUCAAUUACAUAUGGUUUAGGCACACCGCAAGUUGAAAUUAUGGCUGACACAGCUGUUGCUUUGGCAUCGGCUAAUGUGCAGUUAGUGUCGAAAAAGGUGAUUACACGCAUGUGCCGUGUAAUGGACAAAACUUGCGCAAAUCCAACACAGUACCUGGAACAGCAUAUGAUGUGGGAUGAUAUUGCUAUUUUAAGUCGCUAUUUACUUAUGUUGUCAUUUAACAAUUGUUUGGAUGUGGCAACACAAUUGCCUAAUUUGUUUCACAUAAUAACAUUUCUGGUAUGCUCAGGGUCAUUGUCAAUGCGAGCCUCCACACAUGGACUUGUUGUAAAUGUUAUACAUUCACUUUGUACCUGUACGAACCCAUCAUUUUCUGAAGAAGCUCAGCGUGUUCUACGACUUUCACUUGAUGAAUUUUCUCUAUCAAAAUUCUAUUUACUAUUCGGCAUUAGCAAAGUGAAAUCUGCAGCAGUUACUGCUUUUCGCUCUAGCUGCCGGCAUCCACCAGAUAAGUGGCUAGGCAAUGAGCGCGUGACACAACCGCUACCCGCCGACCGUGAACGUUUUUCACUAACCUCACUAGAAAUAAUUGCGGAUGCACUUUCUGAAGUUAUGGAAGCUUGUAAGCAAGAUGUGCCUGAUUGUGAAUGGCUAGAAACCUGGACAUCACUAGCAAGAAAUUUUGCUUUUAGCUAUAAUCCAGCUUUGCAACCAAGAGCACUAAUUGUAUUCGGUUGUAUAAGUAAAAGUGUUACUGACCAUGACGUUAAACAAUUGUUACGUAUAUUAGUUAAAACAUUGGAUUCGUUUAACGAUAUUAUAUUAAUUGAAGCUUUGGUUAUGUGUUUGACACGCAUACAACCACUACUACGUCCUGAAUCUCCUAUACAUCGUGCACUCUUCUGGGUAGCAAUAUCAGUUUUACAAUUAGACGAAACUGAUCUCUAUAGCGCUGGAUUAGCUUUAUUGGAACAAAAUUUGCAUACUGUUAAAUCACAAGGUUGUUUUGAUCAUGUUAAUAUAGCAGAUGUAAUGAUGAAUGCACGAGAAAAGCUCGAAUGGCAUUUCAAGCAAUUAGAUCAUGCGGUUGGUUUAUCUUUCCGCAGCAAUUUCCAUUUUGCCCUUGUUGGACAUUUGAUAAAGGGUUUUAGAUCGCCCACAGCAGCUACCGUCUCACGCACUGUACGCGUGCUAACCAUGUUACUUAAUAUCAUAGCGCAACCAGCAGGACGUGAUAAAUUUGAAGUUACACCUGAGAGCGUUGCUUAUUUAACGGCUCUUGUGGCUGUUUCCGAUGAGGUACGUUCGCGUUGUCAUGUAAAACAUGUUCUACCACGCUGGCCUGCUGAUAUGGAAAAUGGUGAAAUUGCUGCAAAUGGACAUAAUCCAUUUAUUAUGCCGCUAUCACGUAGACAGAAAUCAUGGGAUAUGCUUGAUCAAUCUGCAUUACAAUUUGCGCGUCAACAUAAAGUACCAACUCAUCAGAAUGCAAGAGUUUUAUUCAAAACUCAACGUUCAUUUUCUGUACCAACGACAAAAGAUCCGAAUAAUUCGAGCGGCAUCGAAGAACGUCAGGAACGCGGUUCUCGGUCAUCUGUUUCCAACGAAUCAAAUGUUUUACUCGAUCCUGAAGUAUUGCCAGAACUGUCAACGCAGGCUUUAGUUCUUACAGUGUUGGCAACCCUAGUUAAAUAUUCAUCUGAUGAAAAUGAAAUAAGAGUUUUAUAUCAGUAUUUAGCUGAAGGUUCUGUUGUCUUUCCAAAAGUGUUUCCAGUUAUCCAUUCACUAUUGGAUCAAAAAAUCAACAACAUUUUAUCAAUGUCUCAUGAUCAAGUUGUGCUUAAUUCAGUACAAAGUAUAAUACAAAAUAUGCUGGCCAGCGAGGAUCCUUCACAGCAGCAGUUACACUUUCUACAGAGUUGUGGAUUUGGUGGCUUAUGGCGUUUCGCAGGUCCAUUCACUAAGUACAAUAUGAUGGGUGAGUCAUCCGAGUUAUUUGUAAAUUGCUUGGAAGCCAUGGUGGAUACUUGUUUACCUGGUGAUGAAAUCAUAACAAUGCCACCACCUCUGCGUCCUAAUAUCUUAAGUUCCAGUCUCAGCAGCCUAACAGUAGGCUCGCCAACAGAUAAGGCUGCAUGAAUAACAACAAACCCACGCACUAGACGUACUUUAUUCGCAAGAUUUUUCCGCUUUAUGAACUUUUUCAAAAAGUGCUUCUAAAAAUUGACCUUCAAAUAACAAAGUAUCUUAAAAUACUAUUCAUCGAGAUUUUAAAUUGCGUCAGUAGCGUUGGUUUUAAAUAUAAAAUUACAGAUAAUUUUAACAAAAAGAAAGAAGAACAAAUAGUUUUAUAUCCCACUACAAAAACGCCAUAGAGCGGCCAUUAGUUAAAUAAAUAACAUAAAUUAAAAAUAUAUAAAAAAUAGUAUAUCUAUAUUUUUAUAAACCAUAGUUUAAAUAUAAUAAUGUACAUAUAUAUUUUUAAACAACACCAUCGAAUCGAAUUGAAUAAUUAUAAGUAUUUUAUAUAAAUGUGUAAACAAUAUACAAAAUUUCUUGAUACAGAGUUGCAUUUCAGAACCGUAUAAUCCGAUAAUAAUCAGAUAUUCAGUUUGACGUUUGUUUCAGUGUUUCAACAUAUGUUUCUCUUAAAUCUUAAAUAUAAUUUAAAUAAAAAUCUGUGCCUGGGUUAACUAUUUCUUGUAUAUAUAGAUUAUUUUAUUUCAAACAAUGAAGACAUCCUCAGAUAUAAACAGGAAAAAAUGCAUAAGUUAGCUUCGAAUUUAAAAAAGUUCAUAUAGAAUUGUUAAGAAUUCAAAAAAAU